AUGUCACGUUCAUCAACCAGACGUUCAUUUUUAAAGGAUGUUCAACAACUUUACCGGACAAUUGAGACAUCGACAGAUGGUCAGGCCACCAUAAUCGGAGUCAACGAAUUGUCAGUGAUGAUCUCGCUGAAUCCAAAAUCUGGUGACAACGCUCACGCUGUUUUCACUGUGAGAAUUCAAUGUCCGCCGGAUUAUCCCUUGGAACCACCACAAAUAUUCUUCACAACACCAAUCUACCAUCCAUUUGUCUGCAUUGAAUCAUGGCAUAUUUGUCUAAGCAUGCUAAGUGAAUGGACUAGUGCUUACAAUCUGGUGGAUGUGGUAGAAACACUUCUCUACGUCGUGGUCCAUCCGGAUUUUGACACGGUUAGCGACACGUUUGGCUACCGGAAGAACAGAGAACUUGUGGCGGAAAGGACAAGGCGUUUUUUGGCAGGUCUGCCUGUGCAUGGAAACCGAGUUGCACCGAACCAAGCGUGGUGCGAGUGGGCAAAGGCUAACGGGUGCUUUCCAGCUGAUGGCGAAGAGGAUUGCGACACUAAUGGAAAAGCGGAAGUAAAUGCGGCACAGGCGGUUAAUGAGGAUGGUGUGCAGACGUCGGGUAAUGAGCACGCCGGUGGCUCCGAUGUAAUUGCCUCUGAGUCUGAGGACGAUGAAACUGAGGAAUCCAAUGGUGACGCAGCUGUAUCCGACGACGAUGGUUCCGCAUUUGGAAAUAUUCCACACCUUGAAAGUGAAGGGAACAAUUCACAAUUUUCGGUGCUGUACGAAAAGGAAAACAUGCCAGAAUACAUUGCAUCUCAGCGCAUUCUUAUUUGGCAACCAGCUGACAGUCCCACUGCCAAUAUGCCCUCUGUGUUCUACUUCUGUGAGCUUAUCGGCGAUGAACAUUUACAGGUGGAUUUUCGCUACCUUUACGACAUGAUGUUCACAGGCAAUGUGCUGCGCUCAAUGCAAAGCCAUCCUGAGUGGAGACAAAUAUCGGAUUUGUGCCCAUGGUAUAGUUUCAUCGAAGAAGAGUGCGAUAUCCCUCUCGUGAGGCAAUUAUCCGACUACGACCUGUCCUUGUUAUUUCCUGAAUCGAAUAUAACAAACCCCACGUACACCAACGUACCUUGUCCUGUGCCGUUUAUAGACCCCUUGGGUCAAAACGUGACAUGGAAUGCUCUCCCCACACAUGACGGUGUUAGUGGCAACAACAUGUCAUUACAUUUUAACAGUAGUUUGCCGAAAGUGGAUCGUGACGCUGACAGGAAAUAUAGUAAAGAGGAAAUGGAAGAUAGGGAAGAUGGAGAGGAAGGGAGAAAGGAGUAUAAUGAGGUGGAGAUAGCGAAACAGCAGGAAACAAAUGCGAUGGAAGUGGAGCAGCAGCAGCAGCUGGAUCAUUUGGCAACUCCCACAAAAGUGGAAAACAAUAUAGCUGGAGCCAAACUUGAAGAUGUGAUGGUGUGUAAUCAUGUCCAUGUUCCUGAAGACACGCAGUCGUCCACGUCUUUGAAAACAUACCCCUCGAGAGAUAAAGCGUGGGACUGGUUUGGAGACAAUGGAUUUAUAUCAAGUGACUACUUUGACUGUGCGUACAUAAUGAAUUUGUUUAUGGAGCCACAGUGGCACUGGUUUUUCCGUCAGACACGAUGGCCUUUUCGUUUCGCUCCACAGCAGAAUGUCGACUUGAGAAUGCGCGUGCCUUGCGUCCCCGAAUGGCAACCGAAUGCAAUAAGUAUGUAUUGCGAUGUCAAAAUGUUUUGUAAAAGAAACCGGGAAAUGAAGAAUCUGAUUCUUCUCGAUGCCAUGGCCUUAUCACCGCUUUCUCCGCUGCUCAAUCUGAUGCGACACUCUGUGGAACCGAAGGCUCACCUCACUGGCAUUCUGUGGAUGACCCCAGUUGAUGCUCUUUCUCCCUCCUACUGCGUCCCCAUUCCACGACAAGACGUGAAUGGUGAGGUUGAAAAGCACCCCUACCCUUCU